AUGAAGAGCAUUUGGGUUGGAAUAAAGCGUGGGACAUUGCUUGCAACUGCCUUGCGAGCAUAUGCAGCAGAUCCUGACCUUCAACAAGAAUGGAUGAUGGUUAAGAAGGUUAACAAAAUGAGGCUCGCUGAGUACAUUGAAGCAAUGAGUGGCGUGAUGGUUAGUUUAGAUGCAAUGUUUGAUGUGCAUACAAAGCAAAUACACGAGUACAAAAAAGGCAGCUGCUUAAUAUACUUGGCAUUAUCCAUCAAUAUGACUGUAUCGAGAACUACCUUAUACCUUCUAAAGGGAGCCAUCACCAUCCUCCAGCAGUGUGCAUACCUAGUUCAUCUUCUUGUCACGCCCUAA